GAGGUCAAGAAGAUGCUGGGGAAACUGCAGCAUGGGACCCUCUAACCUGCUGUCCAUCCACUCGGCCAGGAAGGGAGCAGUGCUGCUGGGGAGGAAACGCUGGAGUGCAGCCCAGCAGCACAUCCCCUGCAGCCUUAUCCACGUGGAGAUGCCUAGUGGUUGGGUGCUACCAAGGCUAUCAAAGGUGCUGGGGCUCGAGGGUGACAAGAAGUCCAUCAUAAAAUUUGAAUUUAACCCCAAAGAUGGGAUCGACAACCCUGCCUUGUCGCUGACUGAGGACACGGAUGGCAAGGGUGUGGGGGAGCCCCGCUUCUACCUCCUGAGCAAGGGCAGCACGGAGACCUUCGGCUUCUGCCUCCACGAGGAGCUGGGCUGCCAGGGCCACGUCAUCCGGCAGGUCGAGCUGGGGGGUCUGGCCCAGCGCAGGGGGCUGCAGGAUGGGGACCGGCUCCUCCAGGUUAACGGCCACUUUGUGGAUCACAUGGACCACCACAGGGUGGUGCAGAAGAUCAAGGCCAGUGGCAACCAGGUCCUACUGGCGGUGCUGGACAGCAACUCCUACGAAGCAGCCAAAGCCCUGGGCAGGGACCUGUCACAGAUGCUGCCAGCUGACAUCCACCCACGCCUCUGCCACAUCACGCGGGACAAAAGCGGUUUUGGCUUCAGUGUGUCGGGUCCAGAAGGCAUAAAGGGCACCUUCCAGCUGUCGGUGAGGCAGGAUGGGCCAGCGGAGAAAGCAGGGGUGCCACCAGGCUCCUGGCUCCUGGAGGUGAAUGGGGCCAGCGUGAGGAGCUACUCACACGUGCAGCUUGCCAGAAAGCUUAAGCAGAGCGGCAGCAAGGUGACGCUGCUGGUGGCGUCCAGUGCUGUGGAGGAGUUUUACCGCCUGCGGGGCCUGCGGAUCACAGCUGCAUUGGCAGAUACCUCCUGGCUCCCCUUCAAGGUCCGGGAGCUGCGCAUGGUGAAGGGUCCAGCUGGCUAUGGAUUUCUGCUCAAGGAGGAUGACUGCAGCUCAGGGGCCACAGGCCAGUUCCUGUGGGACGUGGAUGCAGGGCUGCCGGCUGAGCAGGCAGGGAUGAAGGAAGGGGACCGUCUCCUGGCUGUGAAUGGUGAGAGCAUUGAGGGGCUGGACCACCAGCAGACGGUGCUCAGGAUCCGCGCCCAUGAUGACCAGGUGACGCUGCUGGUCAUCGACCCUGCUGGCAAUGAGUUCUAUCAGUCAAUCGGGCUGUCCCCUCUGCUGUUCUUUGAGGACAGUGACCCUGCCUCAGGCUCCUGCACGCCCUCCUUGCCCUCUCCCAGUGGCUCCCCUGGACUCUGUCACAUUGAGGUGGGACCAAAGGGACCUGGUUCCUGGCUGGUGGCUGCUAGCAGCAGUAUAGGGUUCACACAGGUAACCCCUCUUGCCAGGCCUUUGUGGCAGUGCUGCUCACAGCCUGGCACUGCUCUGAGUCCUGGCACCCUCCUGCCCUGCCUGUCCUAAUAUUUCCCUGGCACCUGUGAUGCUGGCAGGAGGGUGCUGCCUGGUCCCCUGGCCACAGGAGCCAGGCAGAAAGACCCCUCCAACCUGCCCAUGGGGCAAGGGUGGAAUGUGGUGGGGUGGGUGGAUGUGUGCUGCCCACAAUGCCCCCACUGUGUCCCCGCAGAGCCCAUGCCAGGAGGAGCAGAGGAGGCUGCACCAGGCGUUCUAGCAGCCCAGGAGCACCCUGCCACCAGCCAGGCUCCCCCCCCACAGCACCUUGACCCAGGCCACGUCCAGCCCAUCGGUGCCUCCCGCCUGGCUCCCCGGAGAGGGCACAGCCAUCGCACACACACCUCACAGCAUCACACCUCCCAGAGACAUCUUCACUGACCAAGGCUGGCUCCAAGCUUUUAUUAACCGUGGUGGUGACUUCUUGUAACCUGAAGACAGACCUGUGUCUUUGCCUGUGCAGCUGCCUCCAGGGUUAUCUAGGGACAUUGCGCUGAAGCCCUUGCCCACCUCCAGGCUCCGGGAGCUCCCAGGAGAGCUGAGGCAUUGCCCUCCACACCAUGACCCAGGGGACUGGGGAGCCUGAGGCUUGGCUCAGCCCAGGGCUGGUCUUCGGGCCGCUGUGUGAAGGGGAAAGGAUCAGCGGAGGCCAAUGGGGCACUGGAGGAACCCCCCACCUUUCAGCCUGUUGGCUGAGGUCUGCCCCUGCAUGGACAUCUCUCUUGUGCUCCUCCUCUCACCCUCCCUGUGAACCUGUGGGCAGUGAGUGUCUGCCACCCAUCACAGCACUGUUCCUGCGUCACCCAUUUGGGGUGUGAUUAAAGGACAAAUCCACA